CUUAUCGUCCUCGUCUUUCCUAAGGACGAGCCGGGAGGUUUGUGAACAUGUCGGAUUUUGGUGCGCCCCCGGUAAUCCCAACACAGUUCCAGGAAUACAACUCGUACGUCGAGGACCCAGAAUGGCAGAACAGGUUCUCUGUUAUCUGGUCUGUGGCUGUCGUAGUCGCCGCCAUUGCAUCCGCACCGCGCCUCUGGCGCUCGCUUAAGACGGGAAACGCAUACAAGGGACUCUUCGGCGUCAGGGAGUACUCCAGCGUGCAUGAGAGUUACUCUGCAGUUGCACCAUCGCCAGAUCGGGCUGCGCUUCCAAGCAAGCGACGGAAGAGAGUCUUUGUACUCGCAGAGAGCCUACUGUCGGCGCUUCGAUGGACUCUUCCCGGUGUCGAGCUCGACUUUGGCCAGAUGCUCGUCAUUGUUGGAUACCUUACUAGCGUCCUUCUUUGUCUCACGAUAAACUCUCAGCUCAUAUCGAAUCCGAACCGUGGUGGCUUCCUCGUCCUCGCGCAGUUCCCUGUCGUCUUUCUCUUCGCAACCAAGAACAACGUGCUAUCGAUCCUUCUUGGCCCGGGCGCCGGCUGGGAAAAGCUCAACUAUGUCCAUCGCUGGUCUGGCCGUGGAAUGUUUAUUUGCGCGCUCGUUCACGGAUCGCUUUGGAUCCGAAACCACCUGCAGUAUGGCCUCCCGAUUCUCGGACAGCAGAAGGAGACCUCGGGUGUCGCCGCGUUUGGCGUACUCUGUGGACUUGUUCUGACGUCUUUGCGUCCUGUUCGGAGACUGUUUUACCAGUUCUUUUUCGUUGUGCAUGUCCUCGGAUAUGUCGCGUUCUUCAUCACUAUAUGCUACCACACGAUCUAUGCCCCUCCUUGGAUCUUUCCACCUCUGGCGUUCUACGGUCUCGACAUGCUCAUGCGCAUGUUCCGGUACAGCAUCAAAGAUGCAACACUUGUACCCGUCGAUAACAACAUGACGCUUAUUCACAUCCACGACUGUGACGCUGGCUGGCAAGCAGGUCAGCACGUCCGCCUCCGCGUCUUCUUCAACGGCCGCCUCUUCGAAGCGCACCCACUCACUAUUGCCAAUGCUCCCCCGUCGACGUCUGCCCUCGGUUCCCGCAGUCUUACGCUCGCAGCCCGGGUACGCGGAGACUGGACGCGUGCUCUUAACGCCUACGCGCAGGAAGAGCAACACCGCCUAUCCCUGGGCAGCGAGAAGCAACUGGACAGCAAGGCGUCGCAGAGCGUCGGCGUGCCGGUACAGGUGAUGUUUGAUGGCGCGUACGGCGGGUGCGGGAUCGACCUCGGCGACUACGAGAGCGUGCUCCUCGUCGCAGGUGGCUCGGGCGCGACGGUCACGCUGGGCGUGCUCGACGACAUCGUCGGCCGUUGCGCGCGGCUCGGGCGUCCGCGCGGUGAGCGCACGCGGCGGAUCGAGUUCGUGUGGUGCGUGCGCUCGUUCGGGUGCGUCGCAUGGUUCGCGGACGCGUUGCGCGACCUGGCCCUCGCGUGCGAGCGCACCGGCGGCGCGCUCGACCUGCACGUCAGUGUGUACGUCACGUGCCUGUGCAACCCCGAGGCGGUGCCCGACGUCCCGAACUGCGACGUGAGCGUCUUCCGCCCGUCCGUCGGCCGCGUGCUCCGUGCACUCGUGACGCCGCCCGACGACAGUGAGCUCGCACGCACGGCAUCCUGCGAGAAGAAGGACGCGGACGCGGACUCGAACUCGGAUGCAGACUCGGAGGUGACGCAGGAGCAUUGUCUGGCAGGAAAGCUCAACUGGGUCGGCCUCGGCGGCGGUGUUGGUGUGGUUGCGAGCGGACCCGAGAGCCUCAUUUGCGAGACGCAGAACGCGGUCGCGCGCCUCGGGAUUACGCAAGGCACAAAGCUGGGCGGCAUCGGUCUGCACACGGAGCUGUUUGCCUUGUAGCCUGUGAAAAGCGACGACCCGCUUAGAGUACGCAUGCAUAAGGAGAAUUCAUGGAUUUUUGUAAGAUCAGCUGUAUUAUAGACGUACAGUGCUAUCGGAAUGUAUACGUUUUACUCAUAAGUGCAAUCCUGACUUUCG